AUGCAGCCACAUACCCAAAACUGGACCCAAGUAACAGAGUUUGUGAUGGUGGGCUUUGCAGGAGUGCAUGAAGCACGCCUUCUCUUCUUCAUACUCUUCCUCACCAUGUAUCUGUUCACCUUGAUGGAGAACUUGGCCAUCAUUAUAGUGGUGAGCUUGGACCAUCGGCUAUGGAGACCCAUGUAUUUCUUUCUGACACAUUUGUCCUGCCUUGAAAUCUGGUACACCUCAGUCACAGUGCCCAAGAUGUUGACUGGUUUUACUGGGGUAAAUGGGGGCAAGAAAAUUUCCUUUGCUGGCUGCUUGUCCCAGCUCUUCAUCUUCACCUUCCUUGGGGCAACUGAGUGUUUUCUACUAGCCGCUAUGGCCUAUGACCGCUAUGUGGCCAUUUGUAUGCCUCUACGCUAUGGCGCCUUGGUGUCCUGGGGCACCUGCAUCCGUCUAGCAGCUGCUUGUUGGCUGGUGGGCUUCCUCACACCCAUAUUUCCCAUGUACCUCAUGUCUCAGUUGACAUUUUGUGGCCCAAAUAUUGUCAACCACUUCUUCUGUGAUGCCACACCCCUGCUAGCUUUGUCCUGCUCAGAUGUCACCUUGAAUGAGACUGCACAUUUUCUGGUGUCUCUGGCUGUCCUUCUGGUCUCUUCUACAGUAAUCAUUGUGUCCUAUGGCAACAUUGUCUGGACGCUGUUGCAUAUUCGCUCAGUGGCUGAGCGACGGAAAGCCUUCUCCACGUGUGUGGCUCAUUUGACUGUGGUGAGCCUCUUCUAUGGCACUCUUUUCUUUAUGUAUGUCCGGACCAAGGUGAUGGCCUCCUCCGUAAACUUCAACAAGGUGGUCUCUGUCUUCUACUCCAUUGUCACUCCAAUGCUCAACCCCCUCAUCUACAGUCUUCGGAACAAAGAAGUGAAGGGAGCCCUGGGUCGAGCCUUUUCUAAGUCUUGGAAAGGACAGUGGGAGGCAGGUGGUAAAAGUCAAUUUUCUUGUUUUAGAUAUUUGAAAGGAAGUAGGUGA